CUCCGUUUCUGCACACCAAAGAGUCUCUUUAUCUUUUCAUCUCUGAUUACAACAAAAAUGUCUCUCAUAAAAACCUUGUCUGUCUUCUUCUUAAUCGCUCUCUGUUUCAUCCCUGCACACGCAGCAAGGUUUGGCAUCACAAACCGAUGCCGUUACACUGUUUGGGCUGCCGCCGUGCCUGGCGGUGGAAGGAAACUUAAUUCUGGCGAGUCGUGGACCAUCGAUGUGCCUGCAGGUACCGCGAGGUCUCGCAUUUGGGGCCGAACCGGCUGCAGCUUCGACGGUUCAGGCCGCGGUCGAUGCCAGACCGGUGACUGUGACGGUCUCUUGAAGUGCCAAAAGUACGGUUCACCUCCCAACACACUCGCGGAAUUCGCGCUCAACCAGAACAGCCCCGGGUACUACACCAAUUUGGACUUUAUUGAUAUCUCCCUGGUUGACGGAUUCAAUGUUCCCAUGGAUUUUAGUCCAACAACAUCUAAGGGCUGCAAACGUGGAAGCAUAACGUGCACUGCUGACAUUAACGGACAGUGUCCCAAGGAGCUCAGGACUCAAGGGGGUUGUAACAACCCAUGUACUGUGUACAAAACCGACCAGUAUUGUUGCAAUUCGGGUAAGUGUGGACCCACUCCUUUGUCCAAAUUCUUUAAGGAUAGGUGUCCCAAUGCUUAUAGUUACCCCCAGGAUGAUCCAACAAGCUUAUUCACAUGCCCUGGUGGAACCAACUAUAGGGUUGUCUUUUGCCCUUGAACCCAACCAGCUUCUGAUCAAGUCUCAACCAUAUCCACUAAAUAAAGAAAAUAAUAAGGUCUGUGCACUUUGGGUGCCCAUCUAGGGAAUGCGGACUGCUGUUCUAAAUUAUGUGUCAGAUUCCUAUGAAAGCAAUAAAUUGCUCACGUAUGAUCAUAACUAUAGCUUU